UUGUCACCCCAUCCUGUAACCACCAUAUUUGGCAAUUUCUAUUCGUUAGACGAUUUUGAUGUAUUGGAAAUGCUCGGUGAAGGAUUUUUCAGCAAAGUAUCGAAGGUGCGAUUGCAAGCAUCUGGUGAGGAAAUGGUGCUCAAAGUUGCGAAAGGAACGGGCUCUGCAGGGAGUCGCAGAGCUAUUCACGCUGAUGCAGCUCGCGAAGCAGCUAUGCUUCAUCGCCUAUCUCACGAGAACAUUCUUCGUCUACGUGGAGUUUGUAUCCAAGUCAACGAUGACGGCUGUUGGGAUAUGCAUCUUCUUGUUGAUUAUUGUGAAGGUGGAAGCUUAGCUCGACUCAUCCUUGAUCGAGUAGCUGCUUUUCCAUGGAGUCAGAGAGUGCGUUAUGCUUUGGACAUCUCUCUGGCGAUGCAGUAUCUUCACUCCCAACGUAUCAUUCAUCGCGAUCUCACAAGCAUGAAUGUUCUUCUCCAAUUGACUCGAGAAUCAUCGAAAUGGGGUCGAGCUGUUGUUGCGGACUUCGGUCUAUCUUGCCGUUUUCCAAAGCGAGGAGAAAAAUUACCACAAGUGGGUACAACCUAUUUUAUGAGCCCGGAGUGUCUCAAGGAGGAGUACUAUGAUGAGAAGGUGAGGAAAGUAUUUUACUCUUCUGACGUGUUCUCAUUUGGAGUGAUUUUGUGUCAGCUGAUUGCAAGAAUCGACGCAGAUCCCGACAGUGGUCUGCAUAGGACAAGCAGUUUUGGUCUAGAUUAUGUUCGUUUCACUCCGUGCUGCCCUUUGGAUACGCCCAUAGCAUUUUUGAAACUAGCAUUUCACUCGUGUGUUAUGGAUCCUUUGGAGAGGCCUUCAUUUGAGAUGAUUGUGAUCUUACUGCAGAAGAUCUUUGCCACGUUACCAUCCUCACCAACGCGCUUGACGCGAGAAGCCAGAGAAGCAAAAUUAGCCCGUUCUCGUUCUGAUGCUGCACUUAAGAAAGAGGCGCUGCUUGCAACGAGGAAGCUGUCCAGUAAUAAUGCCAGAAAUAUUCGUCCAAUUAUUGAAGGUAGGUUUGAUUUGUUUGUUUUAUUUAAUCCUUCACUUCUAAAAUAA